AUGGAUAAACUAGUUCUACAGAGAAAAUCUGGAGAAAUCAAUGACCAGAGAUUUCUUAUUAAGGAGAAUGCAAAGCAUGAUGGGCCCCGAAAGAAAACAUCUAAGGGAAAACACAAGCCUGGGUCGUUUGCUAACACGUGGUCAUCCACACAGGGGUUCUCUGCCGAGCAGCGCUGUUCUGUGUUGGUGAUGCUUUGUCCCUGCCCAGGGUCCGAUCACGUUACUCCAAUCUGCAGCGUUUUUGUUGCUGUUAGAUGUGUUUACUAUUCUGGAGGAUCAUUAAAAAUACAGGAUUCACCCAAUUCCUACAAUGCAUUAUUAGAUCUUAAAAAAAUCCAUGAACUACUUAGGAAAAAACAUCAAAAAAUAGAAAAUAAAAUUAUUGCUCUACGGAAGGAGCUAACAGAAAGAAGAGAGGAGAAAUCAAAGUUAGAGGAUGAAAUAGUGGAACAGGAUGAAGAAUUCUGGACACUGAGGUUUACUUUAUGCAAAGAAUUUAAGGAGACAAGAAUUAUUCAUAAAAAUAUUAAGAAACAUUUACAUGAAAAACAAAAGCAGUUCAAUGAAAGAGUCACAAUGGCAGAGCUUGAAAGUCAUCUGAGAACACGAGACAUGGAGCUGAGGAGUGCAAAAACCAUCUUGAAGGAGUUGCAAGAAUCACAAAGACAACACAUAGAAACUCUAAAAAUUGCCCAGAAGAUGAAAGAUCACUUACAAAGGAUUGAGCAAGAACAUUCUGAGUUAAAAGUUGAAGUAAAAGAGCAAGCUAAGAAAAUUGAAGAGCUUCGUGGGUGUCUGCAAAACUCACCUCUAAAAUUGGAACAAAAUGAAAAAUUGACACAGGCAGGUACUCAAGAAACUUUGGAGGAAUUAUGUGAGAACAUUUCCCUGAUGGGUCAGACAGGAAUCAGAAUCCAGAGUCUGCGGUCUGAAUCCUCCAAAACGAAAACCGGAAAAGACUCAAAUACAAGUGCCCAGAAAAGUUAUGAGCAACAGUGUAUAGAAGAAUUAAGGAUUAGCAAUGCAUUGCUAUACAAUUUUUACAGGAACAGGAGACGAGAUAAAUCCCUCAAGCAAGUUCACAUCACAGUGGAGCAGGACACAUCUCCUCUGCCCACACCAGAAACAAGGUUUUCUCUCGAGAACCCUUGCGUGGCAAGCAGUUGCUCUCGCAGACACUUGUUCCCAUGUGGAAACAUGGUUCUUCCAGGAAACCCACGGUCUUCUGAUGACUGCCUGCGAAGCUACCCAGUGACGAUGGAAGACGAGGAAAAAUCGAUCAAAGUACUUACCAAAUUAAAGCAAUCUUUAGAAUAUAAUUUGUAUCAGCAGCAGAAGAAAAAUGAUGAACUAGCAAAGGAGAUAACUAGAAAUAAGAAACUCUUGAAAAUGGCAAAAAUUGGGCAUGAAAUUGGAGAAUGUAGUUAUCAUGGAAAUUCAAAAUCUGAUCAUUUUUGAGAUAUGAGGAGUGUGGUUAGACUGUCACGUGACUGGGUGGGCAGAUACUCCAUUCUUCCACCAUGGAUACAGGCCUCAGUGUGGCAGUCUUGAUGUAUUUCAGAGACAACUUCUGGAACCACAGCAUCUGCAUGGAACAGCAGCUGACUUUUCUAACUGUAGCCUUGGAAACUUGGCCCCGAUCCAGGCACCACCUAGCAGCAAAGAUGACAAAGCACUGCCCUUGAUUAGA